AUGUCAGCGGCUCGGAUUCGAGAAACUAUUACUGAGUGUCUCUCUAAAGCUCAAUCAGACUCCCCAGAAGUUCAGCAGAAAGCUCUCCAAACCCUGGCUUAUAUCACCAAGGUGAGUCCCCAAAACAGGAAUUUGCUUGCGCAGUCUGAUGGAGCUAUACCUGCCUUGCUUUCCCUCUCCAGAUCCUCCACCACCCUCCAGGCUCUCUCUUUAUCCAUCCUUUUCUACAUCUCCCUAAACCCUAAGCUGAAGCAGUCUCUUGCAGAGAUGGAAAUCAUUUAUCACCUCAACUCCAUAAUUCUCUCCUUAAGCUCCCCAGAAUCCAGUAGACUAGCUUCCUCUUUGAUCUGCAGCUUGGCAAUGCUAGACAAGAACAAGGCCAAGUUUGGGGUAGCAGGCACCAUUCAGUCACUGGUGACCGCAGUGUCUGAUCCUGGAUGUCCUGCUGCCCAUCAUCUCCUUAGUUCUCUGGCCGAGCUGGUGCAGUUCCACGGAAACUGCACCUUAGCAGUCCGCUCAGGAGCUGUACCGGUCCUGAUCCAAGCAGCGCAAAGCAAUAACAGUGAGGACCUGGCUGGAACUUCUCUUGCUAUUCUGGGACUCCUUGCUAGGUUUGAAGAAGGGUUAAACGCCUUGAGGAAAACUGACCAGAUUGUGAAUUCAAUGGUAGACGUGUUGAAAGGGAGGUGCAUGUUGAGUAAGGAAGGUGCCGCAGAAAUCCUCCUCCGGCUGUUCGAUGAAAGCGAGGGCUGUGUGAGAGAUGCUUUGAGGCUGCCGGAGUUCCCAACUGUGCUGGCUGAUCUUUCUAUACGGGGAUCAGCGAGAGCUCGAGAGAAGGGUUUUUCGCUGUCUGGUCGUGUAUAUGCAGCAGCCAUAAUCAUGCUGAGAAUGCAGAUGAAUUGA